AUGCGUGAAAUCAUUUCACUUCACUUGGGACAAUGUGGCUCUCAAAUAGGAAUGGCGUGCUGGGAAUUGUACUGCCUAGAGCAUGGCAUCAAACCCGACGCGACUAUGGACCCCGCCUUCGCCGAGUUUAUGAGCCGAGAGUCAGUGACGACUCGAAACGAGACGGCGUUUCAGACGUUUUUCCACCAGAACUCGUGUGACAAGUUCGUGCCGAGAGCUAUUUUCAUUGACACCGAGCCGACGGUGGUAGACGAGAUCCGAACGGGGGCUUACUCGAGGCUGUUCCACCCAACUCGGCUGCUGAGCGGGAAGGAGGAUGCGGCCAAUAACUAUGCGAGGGGGAAGUACACUAUAGGCCGAGACAUGGGAGAUAUUUGCAUGGAUUCUCUCAGAAAGGUGGCGGACGAGUGUGACGGGAUGCAGGGCUUUGUGGUGUUCCACAGCUACGGGGGAGGCACAGGCAGUGGACUGACCUCACUCCUUCUGGAACAGAUCACGAAUGAGUUUGGGAAGAAGAGCAAGCUGCAGUUCCCCAUCUACCCCUCCCCACAGCUGUCCACGGGGGUGGUCGAACCCUACAACAGUGUACUUUGCACACAUGCUGCUCUUGAGAAUUCGGACGUGGCCUUCUCGAUUGACAACGAGGCCGCCUACGAGAUCUGCCGACAGAGACUGUUCGUGCAGAGACCGACCUACACCAACAUCAAUCGGCUAAUUGCACAGGUCAUCAGUGCCGUCACUUGCUCCCUCAGAUUUGAGGGUCCUCUGAAUGUGGACUUGACGGAGUUCCAGACAAACCUGGUGCCUUAUCCGAGAAUUCAUUUCCCAAGUGUCACUUACUCGCCCAUCGUCCCAGAGUCUCAGGUUGAGCACGAGGACAACACGACAUUUGAGAUUACAAAGCAGUGCUUCAGUGAGAAGAACCACAUGGUGAAGAUGGACUUGAGAGACCAGAAGUACAUGGCCAUCACUCUGCUCUACAGGGGGGAUGUGGUGCCUAAAGAUGUCAAUGCAAGCAUCCGAUACCUCAAGACCCUCCGUGAGGUCUGCUUCGUCGACUGGUGUCCCACCGGAUUCAAAAUUGGCAUCAACCACCAGCCUGCGACCCGAGUGCCUGGAUCAGACCUGGCAGCCACUAAGCGGUCGGCAGUGAUGCUGGCCAACACUUCGGCAAUCAGCCGCACAUUCGAGAAGAUCACCACCAAGUUCGACAUGAUGUUCUGCAAAAGGGCCUUCGUGCACCACUUUGUCUCCGAGGGCAUGGAGGAGGGCGAGUUCCCCGAGGCUAGGGAGGACUUGGUUCAACUCAUCAUGGACUACAACGAAGUCGUCCAGGCAACCGAGUAUCCAUCAGAAGACGGCUACCCGUACAGAGACAAACCCCAGAGGAUCCCAGACGGGGCGAUAGAGGAGGACAAGGAGCAAGAACCCUUCCAGUACUUUAUGGGGGAGCAGCAGAAAAUGAACCAAUUGGAAAACAACAGGGUCAAUGAGGAAUUGAAGGAGUACAUGGGGUCACCCAGAGCGCCCUCAGAUCCAAAAACGCCGGCAGUUACAGAGACGCGCCAGCAGCCGCCACCCACCGGCAACAACACCAGACCGUCGGGUGGAUCAGUUAGCCAGAGAGAACCCCCGCAGAACCAGGGUGGUAAUCAACAAAGUGGGGGUAUGCCGCCUAAACAUAGCUAUACACAAAGGGAUCUCCCAUCUCAGGGAAGCAAACAGAGUUUCAACAACCAGCAGACGCCAAUAAGUCAACCUCAAGUGCAGACCGGACGAUCCAGUUUUAGCCAGUUUGGACCAACAGUCGCUCUUAUGCACGACAACUUCAACAAAGAACAUGGAGCGAAAGAUAUUGGGUCGAAGGAUAAGACGGCCCGAACCCCCCAAAGAAGCUGCCGGAGGAGGUGGAGAGGGCGCCGAACCGCAGUCGGAAAUGGAAGAAGAGCCGCCAGCAGAAUCGGAGGUCUAGCGGAUGAUCGAUGA